AUGUCUCAACCACCUAAAUGGACAACAUCAAAUGGUGCUCCUGUCUCCGAUGUAUUUGCUACAGAGAGAGCCACCUUCGACAACGCUAAUCACGCUAACAAUGCCCCCAAAGUUGGGCCUCUGCUGCUACAAGACUUUCAAUUGAUUGAUUCUCUUGCCCAUUUCGACAGAGAACGUAUUCCAGAGAGAGUUGUGCAUGCCAAAGGUGCGGGAGCUUUCGGUGAGUUUGAGGUGACUGACGACAUAUCUGACGUUUGUGCUGCCAAAUUCUUGGAUACUAUUGGGAAGAAAACCCGUAUCUUCACUCGAUUCUCCACCGUUGGAGGUGAGAAAGGUUCUGCCGACAGUGCCCGUGACCCAAGAGGGUUUUCCACCAAGUUUUACACAGAGGAAGGUAACUUGGACCUUGUGUACAACAACACUCCCAUCUUCUUUAUCAGAGAUCCAUCCAAGUUCCCACAUUUCAUCCACACCCAAAAGAGGAAUCCUGCUACUAACCUGAAGGACGCCAAUAUGUUCUGGGAUUACCUUGUUAACAACCAAGAGUCCAUUCAUCAGGUGAUGUACUUGUUCUCAGAUCGUGGAACUCCUGCUUCUCUUAGAAAAAUGAACGGGUACUCUGGUCACACUUACAAAUGGUACAACAAGAAAGGUGAGUGGGUUUACGUACAAGUUCACUUCAAGUCGGACCUGGGUGUCGUAAACUUCAACAAUGAAGAGGCUGGAAAGCUUGCUGGCGAGGAUCCAGACUACCACACCGGUGAUCUUUUCAACGCCAUUGAGAGAGGCGAGUAUCCUUCAUGGACUUGUUACAUUCAGACCAUGACUCAAGAACAAGCUGCCAAGCAACCAUUUUCCGUGUUUGACUUGACCAAGGUUUGGCCACACAAAGACUUCCCAUUGAGGAGAUUUGGUAAAUUCACUUUGAACGAAAACCCAAAGAACUACUUUGCCGAAGUUGAGCAAGCCGCCUUCUCUCCAUCUCAUACUAUCCCUAGUAUGCAGCCAUCUGCUGAUCCAGUCCUUCAAUCUCGACUGUUCUCCUACCCAGAUACUCACCGUCAUAGAUUGGGUGUUAACUAUCAGCAGAUUCCUGUCAAUUGUCCAGUGGCUCCUGUUUUUACCCCUCAGAUGCGUGAUGGUUCCAUGACUGUCAAUGGCAACCUUGGGUCUACUCCCAACUACAAGUCUUCUUUCUGUCCAUUCUCUACAGAGGCACAGAUCCAGACCAAUUCACACACACCAGAAGAAGUUUUGGCUGCUCACACUGAGAAAUUCCACUGGGGAGGUAUCCUUGACAGUAAGAGCUACGAUUUUGAACAGCCAAGAGCGCUUUGGAAAGUAUUCGGCAAAACUCCUGGUCAGCAACGUAACUUCUGCCACAACGUUGCCGUUCACGUUGCGGCUGCCAACCAUGAAAUUCAAGACAGGGUUUUUGAAUACUUCUCCAAGGUUUACCCUGAAAUUGGUGACCAGAUUCGUAAAGAAGUAUUGCAGCUAUCUCCAAGAGGUGACUCUGCAGCAAGAUUGUAG